AAAAAGUGAGGCAGGAGAGGAGAGCGGCUGGAGUUUCGUAGCGAGGAGAGGCGCAGGAGCUCAGCUGCAGAAAAAAACAACAACAACACGACAACAACUCGGAGGGAGAAACACUUCGCGCUCUGUUAUUUCAUCGUUAUUAUUAUUAUUAUCAUCCUCCUUCCCCUCCGCCUAAACUACUUUUAUUUCCGCGCGUCGGGAAGUAAACAAGCAUGGAGCUGUCAUCUAUCGGAGAGCAAGUGUUCGCUGUCGAGUCCAUCACCAAGAAGAGAAUCAGGAAGGGAAACGUGGAGUAUCUACUGAAAUGGCAGGGAUGGCCUCCAGAGUACAGCACUUGGGAGCCGGAGGACAACAUUUUGGACCCGCUCUUGGUCCUGGCUUACGAAGAGAAUCAGGAGAAGCUCAGGUCUCUGAGCUUUCGGAAGAAAGGCCUCAGGCCCAGGAAGCUGGUGCUGCGGAACAUUUUCGGCAUGGACCUCCGGAGCGCCCACAAGGACGACGAGAAGCCGCCGCCGCGCCUGCGCCUGUCCCUCACCAGGUCCAUGAGCACGGACGUGGAGCAGGCGUGCCGGCGCCGCGUCCGGAGGAGGAACAGGCAGCGAGUGACCAAAGCCUUCCCCAAGCUCUCGUCCAGCAAGCCGAUCCAUGAGCAGAAGAUGAAAGUGGAGCCGGUGGAGAAGGACUGGGGCGGCACCAGUGAGGAGGACAAGCCCGGGUGUGAGAGCGCCACUGAGGAGAGAUGUGAAGACAGCUUGUACGGUCAGUCAGAGUGCAGCUCUCCUCCGUUCUUAGAGGAGCAAGACAUGGACAUAGAGGUGGAGGAAAAGGCUGCCAGCCCAGACAUGUGGACAGACGAAGCGGACGUAGAGAUCUUUGAAACCAGCCAGAGAGACACAAAUUCACACGACAAAUCUGAGGACAACACCUCGGCGCCUGAGGCCAAACCAGAAGUCGUGGUUUCCCCAAGCGGCAGGUCAGACUGGGUGGAGGAGGAAGGCGCGGAAGCCUUCUCGGAGAGUCCAACCGUGGAGAAAAAGCACGCGACCUCAGUGAUAGUGAGGGUCCCGGGAUGCGGCAAGACGACGGGCGACUCCGUCCCCUCCGACUCCGAGCCGAAGGCAGACGAAGCGAGGAGCGACAACCGGAGCGUGAUUGUGACGCCGUCGGGCCGCCCGAAGGCUUCCUUGGAAGCGCCCGGGAAAGUGAUCGUGACGAACGUGACUGUAAACUGCCUGACGGUGACUUUCAAAGAGGCGAGCUGCAGCGAGGGCUUCUUCAACGGCUGCUGAACGGCGAGAGGGGAACACGGAGAGAGGGAUCAGCAUAAUCAUAGUUAGACCUGGCGCUCAUGGUGAAGUAAAUACCGCAAGCAAAUAGUGUCUGUAAGGUCAUUCCACAUGAUUUUAUGAGUUCAGUAAGACAUCAUUGCCUUGGAAUAAAAGUGAGUGGUGAUUUUAUUAUUAUAGUGGCUCAUUUAUUAGGUGUGACAGGAAACGGUGCACUGCAGGCCAGCCGAUUUGUCGGUGGCAGAGGUCAUUCUUGCAGCAGCUUGGUUCACCCUCCUGCAGGAAAGUGCGUCCGAAAACAACCGUUUACAGAACAACUCUGAUGCAGCUACCGUUCCAGUUGUCCUCAGUGCUUUCCAGCAGGACGCAGGUUCCCACCGCAACCUGCUUCCAGUCGACUUUUUUUAAAAGAAGAAAAAGUAAAACGAUGUUUUGUUGUUGUUUCUUUUCUUUUUGUAAAUGUCGCUCACUAUCUCUCGCACAGAGCUACCCGCAUGGCCCCGUCAGUCUGUGCCACACGCGCAUCGCGGCUCUCUGCCGCGCUUUCGUCGGAGGGGUUUGUUUCCGUAACAAAAGAGAGAUCCAAACGCAGACGGCGCCGCGCGUCCGAGGAGGGGGAGGGGGGUGGAAUGGACGAACGACAAGGAAACGCGCGGCCGCGUUUGCUGUCUUUUCGUCCCUUGACUUUCCAAGUAUGAAAAUGCUGCCUGGGUCUAUUUUUGUAUUACCAAUUGAUAGUCCGCUCCUUUCACCGGCUUUUGUGCUCAUCAAAAGAGGAGGCGUCGAUCCAAGACGCCGCUUCUGAGUAGGUAAUGUGCAAACGGAGGCAAAUGUACUUUCGAGUCAAACUGUAGCGAGCUCUUAUUUAUUGCAUGUCACUUGUAUAAACUGCACUAAUUUAUGUCUCUUGAUGUGUCUGAAUCUGUCCCUCUCUAACAAAGAUGGAUUAUCAAACAUGUCUUCUCUAUGUCACAAAAAAAAAAAAAGAUUUCUAUUGGACUGCAUUUUCAAUAAAUGUGUAUGAAAAUAA